AUGCCGCCACCGCAGUACAACGGUGGAACGCAUGAUACGUGCAGCAUUUUCAGGGCCGCAAAGGUGGUGGAGGAUGACUUGUCACUCACCGACAAGGGCUAUGGAUCAAAAAAUGCCUUCGCUGUCUUUGAUAGAGUCAUCCCAACCCUUCGACACCUUUUCCCGCACUCAGACAGUAUUAUGGAAAGCGAUUUCGUAUCAUAUGUUCGGCACCGACGAGAAUUCGCCAAAUUCAUAACGGAGCAGGCAUGGGGAGCAGCGCAAAAUGAAUCGGACCUGCGAUUUUCCACCCAGGGGCCGAGGCCUUCGGAUGAGCCACUGGCACCUCGACUGCACAUCGCAUUUCACGGACGACAAUUUCGAACCAACAGGAGUGCUGUCCUCGCACAGGAAACGAUCUGGUGUGAGAACUGGGGGGAAGUCGAUUAUAUUCCCGACACGGUUCGGGAAUUCCUUGAGCGAUGCGGCGUUGAUACCACUACCAUGCGGCCCAAGAAAGAGGCAGAAAUUCGCAACAGUCAAAGACUUCCGGAUCCGGUCUAUGACGAUAGCGACUAUUAUUGGGCCAGACAUCGCCCGUCAGCGAAUGCGGAGUAUGGGGAGGGUGGACGACCUCGGCGGGAUCACUGGCCGUAUACCAAAUAUACAGUCAUCCGUGACUCUGAGCAGAUGAGGAAAUCCGAGGAGUUGUUUGCGGCAAGAAAGCGUAAGGUCUUUCUUAGGUACGAACCAAAGCAUUCCCGGAAUUCAAAUGCUCCAAAUUUCAUACCAGAGGACCACAGGAACAAUGGGCCACUGAAGACUCAGUCAGAAGAUCGCACUUCUGCGAUCAUGACUGAUGGAUCUUUGGCGCGAGAGGAGGGAGUUCUGGAACAAAAUGCCGCCCAGGUGGAUACCGCUAUCUCUGAGGGAGAAACAAGGGUAGAUUCCACAUCAAACAUCGAAUCCUCAAAGGAGCUGAUUCUCGAGUCCCGUAACCUGAUUGCCCCGUGGCCACAUCCAGACACAACUUAUGACACUCCAGCCAAAUAUAUCCGAGGAGUGAAAGUAGCGCCCUGGCCAGAUCGCGAGGAAUUCGUGUUCUAUGGGGAUGACAACAUAUUCCUCAAAAUCCGUCGAGCAUUUCCGCUUCCCAGAAUCCUAUCUCGAAGAAUGAGGAGAUUCGGGUGUUCAUGGGAUGUGCGGGAUCGCCUCCCACUUCUUGAGUUCGACGACAUGGAGAGGACACCAGAGGACGAAUUCCGGGACCCGAAACUCUCGGCUGAGGAGUUGAGGGAUGAGGAAAGUGAGGCCGUACUUCGCUUCAUUGGGCUUUGA